UAGUCUAUGGUGACAACUUGUCACUCAGUAUCAGUCAGCUUCUAUUUGUUUGUUGUAUUUUUGUUGAUUUUUUCAUAAUGGAAACGAGAUAUUAUUCAGAAAAAGGACGACCUGGUGGAGAACACAAGCUAGCUCUCCAUGCAAGCAGAAAAGUAUUUGAGAGAAUAACUGGUCAUCUAGACAGAAAAGAAAGGCUCAAAGAAGAUCUGGAGAAAGAAGCUGCUCACAGGAAAUAUCUAAGAGAUGCAACAAAAGCAAUGACAUCUCAAUGGGAUAACUCUGUAGAAAAUUUGAGGAAGAAGAAGGAAGAAGCCCGUCAACAAAAAUUAGCUCAGAAAGCUGACGAUCGUGUGGAACAGUACUUCAAAGUCUUAAAAACCCAAGCUGAAGACCGAAAGCGUUACAAUGAAGAAAUUAAACAGAAAAUUUUUAUGAUGAGAGGUUCCCAGCGAGAAAUCAAUUCAAGCGUGCUUUUUUCUGAUUGUUUGUACACUAACGAUAAAUUUAUCGAACAUAAAAAAAGAGAGAAGGAAAAGAUAGAUGAAGAUUGGAGGCAGUUCGAACAGCAAAUAAUCAGGGAAGAUAAGGAAUUCAAAGAGAAUACUCUUAUAGAAACAUGUAAGAAGAGAACUGCAGCAAUAAAUAAUGCAAAUUUCGUGAGAGAACAAAUGGCACAUAAGCAGAAACUCCGAGAAGAAGAAGAGAAAACCAAGCUUGAAAAUGAGAAAUCGGACAACGCCAAACAAUUACAAGAAAUGGCAAUAAUCCGCAAGAACGCAGAAGAUGAUUUCAUCAAGGCGAAGCGUUGUUCCUUGAAGAUAUUGCAAGAUAGCAGGGAUGAAGCCAAAAGGAAACAUCAAGUACAAGAAAAAGAAGCCGCUGAAUUGGAAACAGUUUGUGAGAUAUAUAAGGAUACCAGAACUCAAAUCAAUUGUCAACGAGAAAAGAUGAGAAAGAAUGAUAUACAAAAGCGGCUAGAUUUUCAAGACAUCGCCUUUCGUAAGCUCGAAGAGAUUCAGAAGCAGCUGGUCUCCAAUGAGGAUCAACUAAUAGCCAACGCAAUAGCCGAAAAAGAAGAAGUGGAGAAUUUCGCAAGACGAAAACGUGAACAAUAUCAGGCUAGGCUCCUCAAAGAAAGAAAAGAAAACUUUGACAAUGCUAUCCAAAAGGCAAAAGACAAGGAAGACAUAGAAAAGGAGGGACGUAAAUGGGAAAUGAUGAACAGAAUAAAACUGAUUGAAAUUUGUAAGAAAGAAGAGGAACAGAGGGAAGAAGAUCGGAAAAAGAAAAUGAAAAACUACAGAGCGUUAUUAGACGAGCAAGUGAAAGGAAAUGACCAACUGAGGGCUGAAAAACAGGCAAUAGAGGAUGCUUUCAAAUGGAAUGAUUUCCCAGAAAAAGAUCAGAUGUUCCUAGAGUACGGUGCAGAGAUGUUAGCGAAACAGAAGGCUGCUGGAAAAUCUACUUAUCCGAUAGAAUCGGCGAUAUUGGAGUACAAAAAGAAACACGGACUACUGCCAAGGAAAUCAAAAAUUGGUGGAUCGAACUCUGAAGAGAAUAAAACAGAAAAAGGUAUUAAACUUCCGAAGAUAACUAGAAGAAUUUGCCCCAAUAAGAACGAAUCUGCAGGCGUCCAAGAUUGUUUUUGUAUUGACUAACGAUAUAUGUUUUUUUGACAUUUUUCAAUAUACUAUUUUUUUGGA